AUGUCCACUGCUGCUCCUCCCACUGCGUCACCCUCCGUCGUCCGAAGCCAGUCCAUCUCCUCUCGCUCCUCUUCCCAUCGUCCUCCCUCGUCUGAUCUCCCUCACCGAACCCGAAGUGUCGCGGUCCGUCCCGCGACUGCCUCCCAGCCAUCUCCGCAGCAUCACCAUCAUCAUCAUCACUCGCAGAAUCGCUAUUCCCAUUCCUACUCCAAAUCUCAGUCCUAUGAUCGUCGCCCUCCCUCGAAUCAAGCCGUCUUCGACAACAUAGCCCGUCGCGAUUUUGAAGCCUCCAGGGGUGCCCAACCCGUUCCGUUCCGUCGGGACUCCUCCAGGGAGCGUUCACAGGAGCGCCCCUCCACCUCCUACCGCUCCGAACAGCCUUCACACAAACAACACCGGAAUCUGUCGGCACACGGUCAUCAACGGGAUAGCAUCGACAUGGCUACCGCGGGGCCCGUCAUGGCGGAGGGUGUUGCGGGACAUUCGCAGGCUGCUGCCGGCGCCCACCUGCACCCGACCAACUCCGUACAAACAAAGCGUCGCACGAUGAUCACAACCCCGUCGGGUCAAUGGGCUUUGGGUAAAACACUGGGAGCAGGUAGUAUGGGCAAGGUCAAAGUCGGAAAGAACAUGGAUACUGGCGAGCAGGUGGCUGUUAAGAUCGUCCCCCGGCAAUCUACGGAGGAACACCGCAGCUCGCGCGAGGCCGAAAGAGCUGAUCGCUCCAAAGAGAUCCGCACCGCCCGCGAAGCAGCCAUUGUCAGCCUCGUCAAUCACCCGUACAUUUGUGGUAUGCGAGAUGUGGUGCGAACCAAUUACCAUUGGUAUAUGUUGUUCGAGCUCGUCAAUGGGGGCCAGAUGUUGGACUACAUCAUCUCCCACGGCAAGUUGAAAGAGAAGCAGGCUCGGAAGUUCGCCCGUCAAAUCGCCAGCGCAUUGGAUUAUUGCCACCGCAAUAGUAUCGUGCAUCGUGACCUGAAGAUCGAGAACAUCCUGAUCAGCAAGACUGGCGACAUCAAGAUCAUCGACUUUGGCCUGAGCAAUCUUUUCUCCCCGAGGAGCCUUCUCAAGACAUUCUGUGGCAGUCUUUACUUCGCAGCCCCGGAAUUACUACAGGCUAGACAAUAUACCGGACCGGAGGUGGAUGUAUGGAGUUUCGGAAUUGUACUCUAUGUUCUGGUCUGUGGCAAAGUGCCUUUUGACGAUCAGAGCAUGCCCAAACUUCAUGCCAAGAUCAAGCAGGGUGUGUUCGAGUACCCGCCCGGGCUCACAACAGAAUGUCGCCAUAUAAUAUCGCGCAUGUUGGUAACCGAUCCCAAGCAGCGUGCCAGUCUGUCAGAGAUAAUGAAUCACCCAUGGAUGAACAAAGGUUUCAAUGGGGCACCCGACAACUACCUCCCAUACCGUGAGCCGAUACAGCUCCCCUUGGAUCCGGAGGUGGUCGAGAAAAUGACCGGAUUUGAUUUUGGAUCCGCGGAAUACAUUACAACACAACUCACCAAAAUCAUCGAGUCGGAGGAGUAUCAGCAUGCUGUAAAGGCCAUGGCUCGUGACCAACCUCCUCCCAGCCAUACCGAAAAGAAGCGCGGUGUGUUCGACUUCUACAAGCGACGAAACUCGGCCAGCAGAGACACACUGUCCGCUCCCUCCGCCGAAGCUGUUCAAUUAGGCAACGACCCGGUUAAUGCCUAUAGUCCCCUUUUGUCGGUCUACUACCUCGUAAAGGAGAAGCUUGACAGAGAGCGGGUCGAAGUUAACCCUGGUGCGCUGGGUGUUCCGCACGCUAGCGGGGACUCGAUGCUCCAGAUGCCAGACCUUCCUGCGCCAGAGGCCGCUCACACCAACCAAUACCACGUUCCUGGAGAGAAAGAUACCGGGAGAAGGUCUCGUCCUAGAGCAAGGACCCAUGGUGACGAUGAUCUCAAUGAUGGUAUCAAGAACCUUCAUCUGGCCCCACAAGCAGGGCACUCUCCUGCACCUCCUGCGUCGCAGCCGGAGACUCCGGUGAAGAAGGAGAGCACAGCAGCAGGUAUUCUAAGGCGAUUUAGUACGCGAAGGACCAAGGAGCGCAGUCGUGACCCGGAACGCGGCAGACUUGGAAGCCCGCAUACGCCGUCCUUGAAUGUCCAGCCCCCUGCCGACUCGGCUUCGCCUCUUUCCAGAGGGUUUAGCGUUAAGAGAACCCGACGCGCGGACCCGUCUCCGACAGCCGUUCACACGGCUGGUAGUCAACCACAGCACCAGGAUCUUCUCAAGGCUCCAGGAUCCGCCGAGCCGGCCUCGCGGUCCAACAAGUUUUUGGAGAGAUCUGCAAGUGUGAACUCGGCAGACUACCGAGCUCGUCGUUCUCGCAGACACGAAGCGGAUGCGGCAGCCCAGCCACCUCCCACUAGCGGCUCCGACUACGCGAACGUGCAGAAAGAAACCACGCCCGGAAAGGAGGCCAAGUUGACCCGUACACACACAGCCCGGACAAUGUCACUGGGUCAUGCCCGACGCGAGAGUAUCCAGGCUCGGAGGGCAAGACGGGAAGCAACGCGCGAGGCCAACGUUCCUGAGGAGACCGACGCGGACAUAUCGGGCGCCGGUACGGCACUAGAAAGUGCCAACGAAGGAGAGGACCUCUCCAAGCCGGUGUAUCUGAAGGGACUUUUCAGUGUUUCAACAACCAGCAGCAAACCUCUGCCAGUCAUUCGGGCUGAUAUCAUCAGGGUCUUGAAACAGCUCUCCGUCGAAUACGUUGAGAUCAAAGGCGGCUUUAGCUGCCGCCACGCACCGAGCAUCGACCUGGACAAAGUAGUAGAUGUCGGACCCCCCAGCCCAGACCGUCAGGGACAUGUUUCGGGCCAUCGUCGCCGCAUCAGCUUCGGGGGCUUUUUGAACCAUGAUGAGCGAGACGAAUCGCGACACUACACGCCUCGGGGCCAGCGUCGGACUCGUGCUCCACCGGAUCAAAGUUUCGUGACAGACUCUGAAGGCCCCGACGAAGAUGAUGGCUCUCGGGACCAUCGUGACAACGUGGUGGUGGGCGAACGUGUCAUGGGAGAGACUACAACCCGGGUGCAGAGUGAUACGGGCGAGAACCUGGUCCUCCGGUUCGAAAUUCUGAUUGUCAAGGUGCCGCUGUUCUCGCUGCAUGGUAUCCAGUUUAAGAAGGUUGCAGGCGGUAUGUGGCAAUACCGGGAAAUGGCCAAGAAAAUCCUGGACGCUUUAAGACUCUGA